GAAGGAGUCGUUGCCCCGAGCAACUGCAACUUCCGGCUUUCGGAGUUUGGUGGCGGUAAAGGACAUGAGUAAAGGCCGGGCGGAAGCCGUGGCGGGAGCCUCCGGGAUCCUGCUGAGGUACCUAGAGGAGCAGAACCGGCCCUACAGCGCCCAGGACGUGUUCGGGAACCUGCAGCGGGAACACGGACUGGGCAAGGCGGCGGUGGUGAAGGCGCUGGACCAGCUGGCCCAACAAGGCAAGAUCAAAGAGAAGAUGUACGGCAAGCAGAAGAUAUACUUUGCUGACCAGGAACAAUUUGACAUGGUUAGUGAUGCUGACCUCCAAGCCCUGGAUGCCAAAAUCGUGGCCCUCACUGCUAAGGUGCAGAGCUUGCAGCAGAGCUGCCGCCACAUGGAGGCUGAGCUGAAGGAGUUAACUAGUGCCCUGACCACACCUGAGAUGCAGAAAGAGAUCCAGGAGUUAAAGAAGGAAUGCGCUGGCUACACAGAGAGGCUGAAGACCAUCAAAGCGGCCACCAACCACGUGACUCCAGAAGAGAAAGAGCAGGUGUACAGAGAGAGGCAGAGGUACUGCAAGGAGUGGAGGAAGCGCAAGAGGAUGGCAACAGAGCUGUCUGAUGCAAUCCUUGAAGGAUACCCCAAGAGCAAGAAGCAGUUUUUUGAGGAAGUUGGGAUAGAGACAGAUGAAGAUUACAACCUCAAGCUCCCAGAUCCCUGAGGCCCUCUGGCAGGCCUGGGAACGGAGAUGUCCUGGCCUGGCUGCCUUGUUUAGGUCAGCUUUGUUGUUGUUCCUGCUGCUGGCCACUUCUGAGCACACACCAAAGUGCUGGGUGGAGCACUGGUGGCCCGGGGAGGAUGGUUUCACUCAUUUCAUCAUCCACAUUUUGACUGCCUGAACUUAACAGUUAGAUGGGGAACAAUGCAAAAGGAAAGCAUUUGGCAAUAUUUAUUGUAAUAUAAUUUGAUAUAAAAAUAUUUAAUUUCCUCUGGAUAAUCAAACCUCCCAGAUAUCAAACCUGAGGAAGGCAAAAGAGAGCUUCGGGGACAAGGGCAGAGAGAGGCUACUAUACACAGCAUUCAAGGAGCCCAGGGCCUCACCCAGGACUCUCCUGGGCUCUACACUCCAGAGACCUUUAGAAAAUCUUCUCUACCCACCUUCACCCCACCCCAAGUCCUGGGAGAAAUGCAGGCAGCCCUGAGAUGGUAGAGACCCAGAUACACUUGACAGAAAGCCUGGGAGUGGUCUUGAGGCCAAUUUUCCAAAAUUGUAACUUUAGCAAAAUUGCAUUGUUGGUGUUUAGAAAAAUUAAAAAAUUUAAUACGUAGUGUUGUGUCACAUUUGACUUUGCUGUGCAGUGCUACUGCCUGUGGGGACACAAGAGGGCAGGAGUGGGUGAGGAGGUUGCUUCCCUCUACCACCCAGAGUAGAGGGCAAGGGCAGGAACCUGGCAGCCCUGCCCUGAGCUGGCCAGAGAAAGCUCUGGCCUCACCUCGGGCUGACCAGGCAGCCCUAGCCUAGGCAUGAGGCCACCUUUCACCCUUCAAGGCUGUGAGAGUAUUUUCUCUUACUCCUUUCUUCCCAUCCAACUACUGCCAAAAUGGCCAAACUUGGGCUAAAUGUUGCCAGAGAGACCAAAACAGGCAAACAGUAGUUACCAAAUAUGAGCAGAAAUCUGAGGCUUAGAAAAAGGGAGAGGCCAGGAGCUUUUUAGGGUUCCCAGAGCAGACCCCAUCCCGAGGACUUCUAUGGGGAGGGGGAAAGACUAGGUAGGUUUGAGAUCUAUGGUCAGUAUAAUAAAUUAAUCAAAGCUUUCAUAAUAACCCUCCCCCCUCCCCAGCCCCAUUGAAGAUGGGGCCGAGGGGGAGGGGGGAGCUGGGGAGCCAAACACUGAGGAGAA